CCUCUACACGCGCACACACGCUCUCCUUCUCUUUCUCGAGCGCGCACGCACGCACCGCACACCAGUCCACCACCCUCCCUCUGUCUCUGUGCAGCAUGAGUAAUAAAUGGCAGUGGCAGCGUGGCUGAGGCGGACGGACGGACGGACGGACGGAGCUCUCUUCCCUACUGGUCCACACCCACACCCUCCUCUCCUCCCCGCCGCUUGCUCUUCUUCUUCUUCCUCCUCCUCCUCUCCCUCUCUCUCUCUCUUCGCUGCUCGCCAUUUCCCCACAAUGCACUAAACCCUCUUAAAACCUCCCGCCCCAUCCCAGCAAACAACGGAACCGGACGGGGUUCAUACGACUUGGGGGGAUAGCAGCGUGCCAAUUUCUUCUUGAUGUUUUGUCGAUUUGGCUUCUACUCUCACUGAACAAGAGGAGUGGAGAGGUUCCCUCUGAUGAGCAGCAGCACUGCCUGUCGAUGACUGAGCGCUGCCACCGAUGCUUUCGGGGUGCUCGGUGUCCAGUCUCGCGGCGAGGUUCGCCUUCUUCCCGCCGGACCCGGCCACGUACGCCGUCCGGAAGGACGAGGCCUCGGGCCGCCUCGUCGCCUCCGGCGUCCCGCGGGACAACGCCCUGGAUGUGCUGCUCCUCGACACCACCAGGGGGACCAAGGUCGUUGCCUUCUACCUCAGGAACCCCUGCGCGCGCCUCACCCUGCUCUACUCGCACGGCAACGCCGCCGACCUCGGCCAGCUCUACGAUCUCUUUGUGCAGCUCAAGGUCAAUCUCAAGGUCAAUCUGAUGGGAUAUGACUACUCGGGGUACGGAGCAUCUACUGGCAAGCCAAGUGAAGAGAAUACAUAUGCAGAUAUUGAAGCAGUUUACCAGUGCUUAGAAACUGAGUAUGGAAUCAGCCAGGAAGAGCUUAUCCUGUAUGGACAAUCUGUUGGCAGUGGGCCCACAUUGCAUUUAGCAUCUCGUUUACCAAGAUUGCGUGGUGUGGUUCUUCACAGCGCUAUCCUGUCAGGCCUCCGUGUUGUUUGCCAUGUGAAUUUUACUUUUUGCUUUGACAUUUACAAAAAUGUCAAAAAAAUAAAGAAGGUGAAAUGCCCAGUGCUUGUUAUUCAUGGGACCGAUGAUGAUGUUGUGAAUUGGUCACAUGGUAAUGAGCUGUGGAAGCUGGCAAGGGAGCCGUAUGAUCCACUAUGGAUCAAAGGAGGUGGUCACUGCAACCUGGAGCUGUACCCUGACUUCAUCCGCCACCUCUCCAAGUUCAUCCGUGAAAUGGAGAGUGUGACGACGAAGACGAGGCUGAAGAAGAUUCGACAGUCCCUCGAGACGGCAAAGACAGCGUACCGCGUGAACACGGCAACAAGCACCACCUUCACUACCAACUGUUGCUGUCGUAUUCGGGUUCGCAAACCGAGCUGCAAUUUCGGCUGCAGCUGCUGCCAUGCAGUGAGGAAAUGCUUCACAUUUCGUGUAUUCAAGUGCCCAGCCUGCUGCAGCUGCUUCAAGUGCUGCUGCGGCUGCGGCGGAUAACGCCGAUCUCUAUGUGCUUGCGCUUGUGCUUGUAUAGGAAAAAGGAACGGUCCGGGGGAUAUCUUCUAACCCUUGGAAUGCUCUAGGACUAAACUUAGAUUUUUCAGUUGGAAAAACAUGUAUUCCCCAUUCUCCUCUGUAGUUGCUCGACAGCUUUGUGUAAUGGUGGCAUAAGCUAUUGGCUGUCGAGCUUAGAACAGUCGUGAGGUUGUGAAUUGAUUUGAACCUGAUCGACCCACACAUGUUUCAGCUGUUGUGGCAUGAAGCCAUGAAAUCUCAGAGUUUGGAUCCGGUU